CAACAACAACAACAACAACAACAACAACAACAACAACAACAACAACAACAACAACAACAACAACAACAACAACAACAACAAAACCAAACCAGAAGGUCAUACUCGACCGGGUGGUUCGUGCACUUACAAGAUGUAUUUGCUGUGACCUUUCCCCCUGGGGGUACAAUCUACACCCAGCGAAUCCCUGCAGGGCUUGCAGGAUGGUGGUUGAUGUAUCCCACCCGGCCAUUACUCUGUUCUUUCAUGCCCUCUGGGGCCAGGUAUAGACUAUUCCAGGUCAGAACUUCCCGGUUGAGAAAGUUGUUUUGCCGAAGUAACAAGUGUAUCUCUUGCAGUCAGUGAGGGUCAUGUAUCAAGUGCUAGUUCUUCUUUUCUACUUCUCCUCAUUCAAUUCAUGUCUUUGUAUCGCUUAGACUGUAGAGGGUGAGCAAAGAGUGUGUUUAAGGUCAAAGGUUAUGCAUAAUCAGUAGGUAGCAUAUUCGUGGCAAUUUUUCCUUGACUGUCAGUAAAGACAAGUUGUAGGGUGAGUGCUGUUAGAAAUCUUACACACAGAGAUGGUUCUAGUUAUAAGGCCAACUAGACAGUCACUAGACAACUAGACAAUCCCUUAUGUUUUUUUAAACGCGUUUUUUAUUUGUCUAGAAAAUAACUCUAGGUCUGUAUACUUUUAAUGAUAUUACCUAAAUGUAUACCACAGCCACCGGUAAAAAUAUAUUAAUCAAUCCUUAUUAAGAUAUUUUAUUUUUAAACAGUCCUCAGAGAAAGUUCCUUUCUUGGCUGAAAAUCAAACAUAAAACACACACACACAAAUAAAUUAUCUUGAACCAUAGAAACAAUUAAACAAACAAAACACCACUGACGUCUCCACUCGGGGUUAGACAUUAUACAGUAUGAGGCUGUCUCUGGGGACGAGCGACAUCAACCUUCUUCCAUUACAAACCCUUCCUCUUGGGGUCAGAGGUUGUACAAACUGUCGAUGCCUGUACGACGAGCGAUCUCAACUUUCCUGAGACAAAUAUUCCAAGAUGCCAUUAAAACGCUAAAUAAAAUACAAUAAAAUACAAACUUUUCUCAUACUUCAUCGCAUUUUCCACGCCCAUGGGUCCUUAGCAUUUUUUUUACCCAUGCCCAAACCCUCACGGCCCAUCUCGCGGCCACGGAAUUGUUUUUCCCCGCAUUCAAUAUGGUCGGAGAAAUUUCAGCCAAUCAGAGUGCACGAAACAUUUGCCCUGAAAGGUUAGUACAGCCUAACCUGUUCGCAAGGGAAAAAUUCUGCCACCCGGCCGCGUAGACUGCACCUUUCUAUGAAUACGCAUCCUCCACUCCCAUACACCCAGUGUCCCCCCACUUGCCGUGUCUCCUUGGGAAGUGAAGAGCUGGCGCCCAACGGUCAAUUAAAAAGUCUGCCUCUUUUCUUUUCCACUUUCUAAAAAAAAAUAAAUAAAACAACAACAAACGAAAGAAACAAAAUACCCCCCCCCAAGAAAAAAAAAGAAAAAGAAACCCCCAAUCAAGCUGUUAGUCAUGCGACAGAUCCGGCUCGACCACCCUCGCUGUGCUGGCUGUUUGGUGUCAUGUCCCCCUCUGUGACAAGUUGAAGCAGCCAAUGAAAACAGUGCACAAAGAAAAUGCAAAACUCAAGUUUUAAGUUCUUGGUUUGAUGCAGCAGUCAGACCUGGAUAUCCGAAGAAACAGGUUCUCCACGCCUAACAGAAAAUAUUGUAGAGCUGACGAGGAAAUAGUAAAAGAUGGCCUGCAAGGUGCCCAAGAUUCCAGUCUGUGUGGCCAUCGUCUGUUGUGUGGUGGCUUUGAUAUUCCAGCUCGUGGCUGUAGUGGGAACCGGGUGGCUGGUCUUUUCGAGAGGAGACAGGGGUGGAGAGCUUGGACUAUUUCGUUCGUGUAUCAACGGUAUGUGCGCAGAUGUGCCGAGCAGCUUGAUGCCAGAUUACUGGAGGGUAUGUCAGGCGUACUCCAUCCUGGGUCUGUUGACCAUCGCCGGAAGUCUGGUUGCUGGGAUUCUACAUUCUGUCUUUGAAGACACGGCCAAGGUUUCUGUAGCUGCCAUUGCUUCGUGCGUUGCUUCAGUGCUCUUUCUGAUAAUAGAACUUGUCAUGUUUGGUCUUGAGUCAUCUUCACUUCGUCACGAAACAGGACUUGACUUUGGUUACGGAUUCAUCCUCUCUAUUAUCGCAUGUAUUCUCAGCUUCCUCGCCACUUUAGGUUUUGCUGUAGGAUCAAGGAUGUCAUAAACUAAACUGUGAAGUUGUUAUAAUAUCACGGACAGUCUACCUUGCUUAUCAGAAACAUAAAUGAUAUUCUCGUCAUUUUCACUUUCACAUUUUUCUGUUUAUUUAAUGUUUGCUUAUAAACUAAAUGCCAUGUACAACAUUUUGACUUUCUCGCAAUAUGUGUUGCACAAGGUGUCGCCAUACCCCUAGGCAAGGUGGUGUUGAUUUCGUGACAGACCUCACAUUACACAUCACAAA